ACACGCCUGAAAUUCAUUUUUCCCUCUUCUCGUCUCCCCAACGGAGGAUGGCGCUGUAACACCAACGUUCUCGCUGAAGAAUUUCUCAAGUUAGGGGAAGUAGAAUCACUUGCACGCUUGAGUUUCGUUUUGUGAUACUGGCAGCAUGAAAUAAACAGUUAAUGUUAAGUUAAUUUACUUACAUUACAGCCAUAAUUUGGAUGAAUAUGGAGAACGGGGCCUGCAGUGGCCAGUCAGCCGUAGAGGCCAUCGGUGUUCAUGACUUCUCGGAGAAGCUCCUGGAGCAGGUCGUGCAUUUCCAUGUGAUGAAACUGACCGGUGGAUUUUUCCUGUGGGUCGGCGCGAGUCCUGUGUUAUCAAACCUGGCGGUUUCAAUGAACAGCAAAUUUGACUCAAUGCCAUUGUCCACAUUGGUACUGGGGGAUUCAUCAGAUACAACCCCAAACUCUUUGGCUCAAAGACUGACAAAGAAGACGAAGAAGCAGGUGUUUGUGAGUUACAACCUGCCUGUGACAGACUCUAAUCUAACACUGUUAGUGGAGAACAGAAUAAGGAAGGAGAUGGAACUCCACCCUGACAAAUUUUAAACACUUUGGACUGUAAACUCCCCAUUUUGUGCUUUUUCAGUAUGUCAUGUUUUGUACAUAAGCAAGCUAAUAAAUGAUAAAGUUCACACU